AACAUCAAUCACUGAUUACUAAUGAUAACAUUUGUGAUUUUUCAAUUUGGAAAUUAGCAUGAAAUUAAAUACUUAAAAUUUUAAGAUUGAAAAAUACAAUAAAAAAUCACUGGAAUUGGUCUUUGACUAACAUUACAAUAAAAUCCUCUGAACAACAAGCAUUCACAUUAAAAACAAGUUCUAAAAUUAUUCAUUAAAUUAUUAAUUCCUUAAUUAAUUCAACGGAUAAUUUUGCAUUAAAUUCAGACAUUGAGAAUGACCAAAAGUAGUUUCUUUUCUUACGGGUUCUAAAAAUACUUCCCAGUACAAAAGAACUUUUAAAGAGAAUUAUACUUCCAUAUAAUCAAAAACAAGUCAAGAAAAGAACUUUUAAAGAGAAUUAUACUUCCAUAUAAUCAAAAACAAGUCAAGAAAAGAACCAGAACAAAAACAUAUAUUGCACAGGAAUGAACAGAAAAUUUAGCCUAUCCUAGACAUCUCAAACGUACUCUUUACAGCAAUUCCUUGCAGAAAGUGAUGUCUUGAAAGGUCUCUUGAUCAUCUCCUGAGUUCUCCAGUAUUUUUCUGGCUUUGUUCGUGUGUCAGAAGAUCGUGUGUGCGCGGUGCGAAUUUCCGUUAAGUGCUGCACUUCAACUGAUGUUAUUCACUCAGCGCACAGUGCGCUACACGAAUUUCCUUUUUCUGGUUGUGCGAAUUUUGGCUUGCGUUAUGUGAGAAUUGACUGACAAACUCCAAAUUAUACAUCAUUUUCUGUACAAUAAUUUACAUAACAAUCUACUGAGUAAUAACAUGAAUAAUUAUAAGAUUUAGAUAAUUUAUAAGUGUAAAAACAAUUCUUUUUCACACUUAUCAGUGAUAUAUUGGAUUGUAAGCUAUGGAGUACCAUACUUCAAUUUGCUUUCUCAAAUACCGAUAUUCUUGGAUAUUUAAUCUGAUAGGUAUCGCUGAAGUAUCCAACCUAUGAAAUGUCAAUAAUUCGUUUUUUUCCAUAGAUGCUUAUGCUUUGGGAUACUUAGUGGAUUUGUAUAAUUUUUAAAACAUUUUAUGAAAAUCCACGACAGCUAUAUGAAAGUACAGUAAUAUACAAACAUACAAAAAAUGUUAUCAAAAACAUAAGUUUUUCUAUAUAAAAGGAAUGAGAUCUAUGAAAUACUGAAUUUGACUUCAACAUGGAUAUGGCCGCCAACUUCAACGUUGACAUUGCUUAUAUCUUUGGGGAUCAAUAUAUUAAACAACAUGGCAAAAUUCUCAAUUUACAAUUAAGAUUUAUAUAAUUCACAUUUUAUAUACAAAUUUGCUAACUUUACAGCUUUAAUAUAAUAGUAGCCAACAAUGCACCAUCACCUAGUUGCCUCAAUUAAAUGUCAUGUCCAACCAAAUAUAUCAAUGUGUUGAAAGAUGAAAUCUGUUUUUAAACAGAUAAGGUAUCAAGCUUGUUCAAUCUGUUAUCGUCUUUCAGACACGUUGAUAUAUUUGGUUGGACAUAGCAUUUAGUUGAGGCAACUAAGUGAUGGUGUUUUGUUGGCUACAACUCAAGUGUUUUUCAGUUGAUGUUAGAAACUUGGAACAAUAUUUUACUUUUCCAGCUUCCACCUUAGACUGUAGAGUGUUUUUAUUUUUUGUGCAACCACAAUGUCACAUUUGCAGGAUGGAAUGUAAUUUGCUACGGUUCCUGUGUCAGAAUACAAAUAAUGGUUCAGGUCCAGUAAGUUCGGCUGGCUUUCAUGCUGUUGCCUUUUCAUAUGGAAAUACUAAUGCUUCCAUGGAGACAAAGGACGAUGAUGCUGAGUCUAGUUUUCGUCCGAACUUCCCAGUACCAGAGAGUCUACUCCAUAAUCUGCCUCCAAAUGAGAAAAUACAUCAGAUUAUUUCAAGGACUGCAAUAUUUGUCUGCAAACAUGGAAGUCAGUCAGAAAUCCUUCUUAGGGUUAAACAAGGAGAUAAUCCAACCUUUGGAUUCCUGAUGCCUGAUCAUCAUCUUCAUGCAUAUUUUAGAUUUCUUAUUAAUCACAAAGAACUUCUGAAAGCUGACAAAGAUGAUGGCAGCUCAACCGAGGACAUCAAUAAGACUCGGGGGCUUGAUCAAAUAGGUGGUGCAUUGUCUUUGCUUGGAUCUGUCUAUGGAUCCGGAGAGGAUGAGGAUGGUACAUCUGAGAACACUUUUGACUUUGGGAAAAAGGAAUGUGGGGGAGCUAUUGAUGCUGUUAGUACUUAUACUUCUCCUGGAGUAGAGCCGGCAGAAUCUUGUUCAGAUGUGGCCAAGAAGGAUGGAAACGUUUCUAAAAACGCAGUACCUUUGAAAGAAAAAGUUCCAGUCAUAAAGCGGAAUCAUUCUAUCAGUACUGUUAAGACUGCAACCAUAGUUAAAGCAAAAACAGGUGCUGGCUUGGAUUCAACGUCUAAUAACACACAGAACAAGUCGCAGACUUCUUUCCCCAGUACUGCAGCUAAGAUUGAACUGCCUGUUAUUGAACCUCCGUCUGAAUUAAAGAGAGCUAUAGAGAAGAUCGUUGAGUUCAUCCUAAAAAACGGAAAACAAUUUGAGGCUGUUCUUGCAGAACAGGAUCGUCCUCAUGGAAGGUUCCCCUUUCUUCUGCCAUCAAAUCGAUAUCAUACUUACUAUCUAAAAGUUCUUCAGUCUGUAGAACAGUCCAAGUUACGAGGCAAGGGCCACCAGAAGCACAAUCCAGUAGGUCGAGUGGUGGACAAUAAUUCUGGUGUACAUGAUGAAAGUGACAAUCAUUUACAUGAAUCUAUGGCUUCUGAUCUACCACAUGAUAAGGACCGAAAAGAAAAGUUUAAGAUGACUAUUGGCAAGUCAAAGAAGGAUGGUCAAGAUCCAAUUCCCAAAGACCAAGCUCAAAACACAGUUAGCAUGGAUGCAGCUGCGACAGCAGCUAUUCUUCAGGCUGCCACUAGGGGUAUGAAAAACCCUAAAUUAGAACUUUUUAACAAGACAUCAAGUGGUAGUGGUCAGGGUCUUGGAAGUGAUGGUGGGUAUUUAUCUAGCUCUGGGACUGGGAGUCUGUAUUCAUCCCAACCACAAGCUCUUGUUGAAAAUCCAAACUUAAUUGCAAAGCCUGGGGCUUCUGCUCCUGUUGCGAAGGCUAUUGCGGAAAAGAUAGCUAUUGCAACAGCAGGUGAAGCGGACUCCUCCGAAGCACAUAUGACUAAAGAGCAAAAGAUUAAAGCAGAGAGAUUGAAACGAGCAAAGAUGUUUGCAGCCAUGCUAAAAAGCUGUGUUGGAGCAAGUGAAUUGCCACGAGCUUUGUCAGUGGAACCACUUGGCUCUGGCCUUUCCGGUUCAGAUGCUGAGACUGUGAAUCUUGUGGGUAAAGAAAGGGAAGGAAGUUCUGUUCCAUUUGACGUCGAACAUUCAGAUAAAAGUCAAAAUUCUGAGAAGCUUUCUGUUGAUAAUUCAGAUAAAAGUCAGAAGAAUGAGGAGAAAGUUAGUGGUGAUAACGAACGCCGUUCAAAAAGAAAGUACCGUUCAAGACAUAGUAAACAUGAAGAGGAGGAGGAAGACGAGAAGAAAGAAGACCAAGAAGAUAAAAGACGACACAAACGAUCAGGAAAAAGACAUCGGUCUUCACACCACAGUCGAGACAGACAUAAGCACAAGAGAAAACAAUCCUCUUCCAAAGACGGGCAUUCUUACAGGGGGGUCGAGCAUGACAGUUCCUCUGAUGAUGAACAUCAACGUUCAAGGCGUCGUCAUAACUACGAUAGUUCCUCUGACGACGAACACCAUAAACGUAGACAUUCUCGCCGUUCUAAUAAACAUUAUAGUUCGUCUGAUGGUGUGCACAGGCACCGAAGCAGAAGUGUAAAGAGUGGGAGCAGAUCCCGUGGUGACAGAGAAACAGAGCUGGAGGAGGGAGAAAUAAUUAUGAAAUUGGAAAAGUCGGCAGUUGGACGUGGUAGCAGGGAGGCAUCUGCUGGAUUAUCCAAUGCAAGGGCUUCAUCUCAAUCACCUGAAAUAACUGAUGUUCCUGAUGAGCUCAGAGCCAAAAUUCGAGCCAUGUUAAUGGCUAACUUGUAAAACAUCUGUAGAUUGUAUUUACUUACUCUUUUUCCUCACCACGUAGCUAUUGUUACCUAACUUUUCCCAAACUAAAUUAACAAAAUCAACUUAGUACUUAAACAAGUUUCUUAA